CUUCUCGCUCUGUCUCUCUAUCUGUAAUCCUCUUCAAUUUCCCGCUCGGGGAUCACGAUCUCGCCUAUCGCUUCCCACGAGAGGCGAUCGGGAUCUUGGAAGCGGGAAAGAUAGAAGGGCAUCGUGAUCGCAUUUUCAGCUGGGGUUUUGCGGAUCAUCUAUGUGUAACAAGGCUUCAGGGUGCUAGAACAGAGGAGUCGGGAUGGCCAAUAACGAUGCAUCCAGUUCUGGUUCAUCCUCAUCGGGGGCAGCUGCGAUUGCCCCGGUGUCCGGACCGCCAUCAGGGCCGCAGGGGCUUACACGCCGGCCGUCGAGGAGCGCAGCUAUGACGACGUUUUCGAUGGAGGUGUUCGACAAUGAGGUUGUACCUUCAUCGCUGAGCAGCAUUGCACCGAUCCUUCGCGUUGCUGCUGAAAUCGAGGCGGAACGGCCCCGCGUUGCUUAUUUAUGUCGGUUUUAUGCAUUUGAGAAGGCCCAUAGGCUCGAUCCGAGUUCUAGCGGCCGUGGAGUGCGGCAGUUCAAGACCGCUCUGUUGCAGCGAUUGGAGCGGGACAACGCGCCAAGCCUUGCGAAGAGGCUAAAGAAGAGCGAUGCUCGAGAAAUCGAGAGUUUCUAUCAGCAAUACUAUGAACACUACGUUAGAGCCCUUGACAGAGGAGAACAGGCGGAUCGUGCUCAGCUUGGCAAAGCCUAUCAGACCGCUGGCGUGCUCUUUGAAGUUCUGUGCGCCGUUAACAAGACCGAGAAAGUCGAAGAAGUCGCCCCCGAGAUUAUUGCUGCAGCUAGAGAUGUACAAGAAAAGAAGGAAAUUUAUGUUCCAUAUAACAUUCUCCCUUUGGAUGCUGCCGGUGCUUCUCAACCAAUUAUGCAACUCGAGGAGAUUAAGGCUGCUGUGGCUGGUUUGAAAAAUACCCGAGGAUUAAAUUGGCCAUCUUCGUUUGAUGCCCAAAGGCAGAAAUUGGGAGAUAUGGAUCUUCUUGAUUGGUUGAGGACUAUGUUCGGAUUUCAGAAAGAUAAUGUUAGGAACCAGCGGGAGCAUUUGAUUUUGCUGCUUUCCAAUGUUCAUAUACGGCUAUCACCAAAACCUGAACCACUUACCAAGCUUGAUGACCGAGCUGUUGAUGCAGUCUUGAAUAAGUUAUUCAAAAACUACAAAAAAUGGUGUAAAUUUCUGGGACGCAAGCACAGUUUAAGGCUACCUCAAGAUAAACAGGAAACUCAACAGCGAAAGAUUCUUUACAUGGGCCUUUAUUUGCUUAUCUGGGGAGAAGCUGCCAAUAUUCGUUUUAUGCCAGAAUGCAUUUGCUACAUUUUUCACAAUAUGGCUUAUGAAUUACAUGGUCUCUUGGCUGGAAAUGUGAGCGUUGUAACUGGAGAAAAUAUUAGACCUUCAUAUGGAGGCGAUGAUGAAGCUUUCUUAAAGAAAGUUAUCACACCCAUCUACCGGGUGAUUGAGAAGGAAUCCAAGAAAAGCAACCAAGGAAAAGCUCCACAUUCAGCUUGGUGUAACUAUGAUGAUCUGAAUGAAUAUUUCUGGUCUCCUGAUUGUUUUUCGCUUGGGUGGCCUAUGUGUGAUGAUGGUGAAUUUUUUAAAUCAGUACGUGAAUCAAAGGCUAUGAAGGGUGAACAUCUUUCCCAGAAAACAUCCAGCAAAAACACUGGGAAAUCAUAUUUUGUGGAGACAAGGACAUUUUGGCAUAUAUUUCGUAGUUUUGAUCGUAUGUGGACUUUCUAUGCGCUGGCAUUGCAGGCAAUGAUAAUCAUAAGUUGGGGUGGUUAUGCAUUGAAUGAUUUUUUAAAAGAUGAUUUCCUCUACGACAUCUCCAGUAUUUUUAUCUCAGCAGCAUUCCUUCGAUUUCUUCAGAGCUUGUUGGACUUUUUCCUUAAUUUUCCUGGGUAUCAUAGAUGGAAGUUUACUGCUGUGAUGAGAAAUGUUCUAAAAACAAUUGUCAGUCUUGCAUGGGCUGUUAUUCUUCCUCUUCUGUACAUGCGUUCAGGAUCACCAAUUACUUUACCAGCUAACUUAGAUAGGUGGCUUGGUCGAGUUAAAGGGUUGCCACCAUUAUACCUGAUGGCAGUAGCAUUGUACAUGCUCCCAAAUCUAUUAGCUGCUGUGCUUUUUAUAUUUCCAAUGCUUCGACGGUGGAUUGAAAACUCUGAUUGGCUUGUAAUCAGGUUUCUUUUAUGGUGGUCUCAGCCUAGAAUAUAUGUUGGACGGGGUAUGCAUGAAAAUCAAUUUACUCUUUUCAAGUAUACUCUAUUCUGGCUGUUGCUGUUGAGUUCCAAAUUUUCUUUUAGUUACUUUCUCCAGAUAAAGCCUCUAAUCAAGCCAACAAAAGAUAUAAUGAAAGUUCACAAUAUUCAUUAUGCUUGGCAUGAAUUCUUUCCUAAUGUUAAAAACAAUAUUGGUGCUAUUUUAUCACUCUGGGUCCCAGUAAUUUUGGUUUAUUGUAUGGAUACCCAGAUUUGGUAUUCAGUUUUCUCCACUUUAUAUGGUGGUGUUUCUGGAGCCUUUGGUCGUCUUGGAGAGAUACGGACGCUAGGCAUGCUGAGAUCACGCUUCCAUUCCUUACCUGGAGCUUUCACUGCUUGCUUGGUUCCUUCUGAGAAGAAACAAAAGAGGGGUUUUUCUCUGUCAAAACGUUUUGCAGAGGCUUCACCAAGCAAGAGAACUGAAGCUGCAAAGUUUGCUCAGUUGUGGAAUGAAAUCAUAUGCAGUUUCCGAGAAGAAGAUCUUAUAAGUGACAGGAAAAUGGACCUUCUACUAGUUCCCUAUUCAUCAGAUCCAAGCCUCAAGAUGAUACAAUGGCCACCAUUUUUGCUUGCUAGCAAGAUUCCAAUUGCAUUAGAUAUGUCAGCCCAAUUUAGGUCCAAGGAUGCUGAUCUAUGGAAACGAAUUUGUGCUGAUGAGUACAUGAAAUGUGCUGUGAUUGAAUGUUAUGAAUCUUUCAAACUUGUUCUGAACCUUUUGAUAGUCGGUGAAAAUGAAAAAAGGAUAAUUGGCAUUAUAAUCAAGGAGAUUGAAGCUAGCAUCGCAAGAGGAUCAUUUCUAGCUAAUUUUAGGAUGAGUGCCCUGUCAACACUAUGCAAGAAGAUUGUUGAGCUUGUUGGGAUCUUGAAAGAAGGAGAUGCAUCUAAGCGUGACAUUAUGGUACUGUUGUUGCAAGAUAUGCUAGAAGUUGUAACGCGUGAUAUGAUGGUCAAUGAAAUUCGCGAGUUGGUUGAGCUUGGUCAUGGUAAUAAGGAGUCCGUCCCUCGACGACAACUUUUUGCUGGUACUGGUUCAAAGUCUGCUAUUUUAUUUCCUCCAAUAACUACUGCGCAAUGGGAAGAACAGAUCAAACGCCUAUAUCUCCUCUUAACAGUGAAAGAAUCUGCCAUUGACGUGCCUACAAAUCUUGAAGCUCGUAGAAGGAUAGCAUUUUUUACAAAUUCUUUAUUUAUGGAUAUGCCACGGGCUCCUCGAGUACGGAAAAUGCUCUCAUUUAGUGUCAUGACACCAUACUACAGUGAGGAGACUGUAUAUUCGAAGACUGACCUUGAUUUGGAGAAUGAAGAUGGUGUAUCUAUCAUAUUUUACCUGCAAAAGAUCUUUCCAGAUGAAUGGAACAAUUUCAUGGAACGAAUAGACUGUAAAAAAGAGAGUGAGGUCUGGGCGAAUGAGGAAAAUGUCUUGCAGCUCCGCCAUUGGGCAUCUCUAAGAGGCCAAACUCUUUGCAGAACAGUUAGAGGAAUGAUGUAUUACCAAAGAGCGCUUAAGCUUCAAGCUUUUCUCGACAUGGCUUCUGAAAGUGAAAUUUUAGAAGGAUACAAAGCUGUGACUGAGCCAGAGGAUGAAGGAAAGAGGAGCCAGAGAUCUCUUUUUGCACAGCUAGAGGCCAUAGCAGACAUGAAAUUCACUUUUGUUGCUACUUGUCAAAUUUAUGGCAAUCAGAAACAAUCUGGUGAUCGCCGUGCGACAGACAUUCUGAACCUGAUGGUCAAUUUUCCAUCACUCCGUGUAGCAUAUAUUGAUGAAGUUGAAGAACGAGAAGGUGACAGGGUAAAAAAGGUAUACUAUUCUGUGCUAAUAAAGGCAGUUGAUAAUCGUGAUCAGGAAAUCUACCGCAUCAAAUUACCUGGAGCAGCAAAGGUUGGUGAAGGUAAGCCAGAAAACCAAAACCAUGCUGUUAUCUUCACUAGAGGGGAGGCUCUUCAGGCAAUUGAUAUGAACCAGGACAAUUAUUUAGAAGAGGCUUUGAAAAUGAGGAAUCUUUUGGAAGAAUUCAAUGAGGACCAUGGACUGCGUCCACCAACAAUUCUUGGUGUGCGUGAGCAUAUUUUUACAGGAAGUGUUUCAUCUUUGGGAUGGUUUAUGUCAAACCAAGAAACUAGUUUUGUGACAAUUGGACAAAGGGUUCUGGCUAGUCCACUGAAGGUCCGUUUCCACUAUGGACAUCCAGAUGUAUUUGACAGGAUUUUUCACAUUACUAGAGGAGGCAUAAGCAAGGCUUCUCGUGGAAUCAAUCUGAGUGAAGAUAUCUUUGCAGGAUUUAACUCGACAUUAAGGCAAGGAAAUAUCACCCACCAUGAGUAUAUUCAGGUUGGGAAGGGCCGUGAUGUGGGUCUCAACCAAAUCUCUCUCUUUGAAGCAAAGAUUGCUUGUGGUAAUGGAGAGCAAUUGCUCAGCAGAGAUAUCUAUCGCUUGGGUCACCGGUUCGACUUCUUCCGCAUGCUGUCUUGCUACUUCACCACUGUAGGGUUCUAUGUUAGCUCAAUGAUGGUUGUUAUCAUUGUCUACCUUUUCCUGUAUGGCAAGCUUUACCUGUCAUUAAGUGGGCUUGAGGCUGCCAUUAUGAAGCAGGCACUGAUGAGGGGAAAUAAUCCUCUGAAAGCUGCUAUGGCAUCUCAAUCCGCAGUUCAACUCGGUCUUCUGAUGGCCUUACCCAUGGUAAUGGAGAUUGGUCUGGAAAGGGGGUUCAGAACCGCAUUGGGUGACAUAAUCAUCAUGCAGCUUCAACUCUGCUCAGUUUUCUUCACAUUCUCGCUUGGUACAAAGUCCCAUUACUUUGGACGCACGGUCCUCCAUGGCGGGGCAAAAUAUAGAGCUACCGGACGAGGCUUCGUCGUCCGACAUGUAAAAUUUGCUGAAAACUACAGGAUGUACUCAAGAAGCCAUUUCACAAAGGGUCUGGAACUCAUGUUGCUUCUAAUUGUUUAUCAAAUCUAUGGAUCUGCCACCACCGACUCCACGGCUUUCUUGCUUGUUACUGCAUCCAUGUGGUUCCUUGUUGCCACCUGGCUAUUCGCCCCAUUUCUUUUCAACCCUUCCGGCUUUGAGUGGCAAAAGAUAGUUGAUGACUGGGAAGACUGGUGCAAGUGGAUUAAUAGCCGUGGAGGGAUUGGCGUCCCGGCAAACAAGAGCUGGGAAUCAUGGUGGGAAGAAGAGCAGGAACACUUGCGUUCAACAGGUUUAAUAGGUCGCCUCUGGGAGACUAUCCUUUCCCUCCGAUUCUUUCUCUUCCAGUAUGGCAUUGUGUACCAUCUUCAUGUCUCCAACAACAACAAAAGCCUCAUUGUUUAUGCUCUUUCCUGGUUGGUAAUUCUUGCCGUGAUGCUCAUCCUAAAGGUGGUCUCCAUGGGGCGGAAGAAGUUCAGUGCUGACUUCCAACUGAUGUUCAGGCUCCUCAAACUAUUCCUCUUCCUUGGCUGCAUUGGAGCGCUCUGCAUCCUCUUCACCCUCCUCAAUCUCACCGUUACUGACAUUGUCGUCAGCUUCCUGGCAUUCAUGCCUACAGGCUGGGCCAUCCUCCAGAUAUCGCAGGCGAUGAAGCCGGCGGUGAAGGCGUUUGGUCUAUGGGGGUCAGUUAAGGCAUUGGGUCGAGGGUAUGAGUAUGUGAUGGGGCUGGUGAUAUUUACGCCUGUGGCGGUACUGUCAUGGUUCUCAUUUGCAUCGGAGUUCCAGACGAGGUUGCUGUUCAACCAGGCUUUCAGCCGUGGGCUCCAGAUCUCUCGUAUCCUGGCUGGUGGCAAAAAGCAGAGAUGACCUACCUAUGCACAAAUAGGAUUCCUUUGCAGAAUCAAUUGGCCAUCUGUUCCAAAAAUGAGGCUCAUAUUCUUUUUUUGCUUUCCGAUUUGAGGAUUGAUUGCAUUACAUUUUUUAUAAUGUGCUGAUGACUUUGAAUUGGCGGCUCCCAAUUUGAGGGAAGGGAGCAAGCCACGCGAACUGCAGCACCAUUCUUUGUUUUUUUAUAUUUUUUUAUCAUUUUUUAAAAUAAUUUUGGCGGUUGUCUGAAGUUUUAUUAACAAUAAAUACAUGCGAUAUUAAUCGGAAAUAAAUAGUUUUUUAUUUUUAAUGA